AUGAAAGUUUGUACUCUUUCCCUUUUUUACUUGGCCAUCGCUUUCAGUUAUGCAACUCCCGUGCUGGUCAACGAACCUAAUAGCGAACCACUUGGUAAUAAGCAUGAUGAUGGCACAGCAACGCCCCAAACAACUGAGCAAGCAUCUCAAGAGCAACAGCCUGAGCCGCUAGUCGAUUCUAGCUAUGAUUACGAUCAAUUCCAAUCCAAACUUAUGAAAGUGGCAAGUACAUGUCAAACCUAUUACAGUAUAUUAUCCGAAGAUCAGAUUCAUAGAAGGACUACCCCUGUGGAUUUGACUAAAGAUGGUUUGUGGGAUAUUCUCAAACAUGACAUGCCAAGACUUUGCUCGACCAUUCCCGAUCCCCACAAUGCAGUUAUAAAAUUGAGCCAGCUUGAUAAGCUUUGCGGGUUUAUUGAAGAGGAUCUUGACGAAUAUGAAAAUAUGAAACAAAAGAUGGAUACGCAAUCCAUGAAGCAAAUGAUCCAAGUGUACAAAACAAAAGGUGUGUUUUUGUAA